AUGGAAUCUAUCAAGGAUAUUAUCAUCGUUGGUGCAGGCAUAUUUGGCUUGUCUACUGCAAUCGCGUUAGCUGAAAGAUAUAGAGAUCGCACAAUUCAUGUUUUCGAUAGAUUUGAGCCACCUGUUCCCGAUGGAAGCUCAGUAGAUACAACUAGAUGUAUUCGGUUUGAUUAUAAGGAUGAAACGUAUUGCAAAUUGGCUCAUGAAUCAAUGAUUUUACUCAAGGCAGACCCAGUUAUUUCUAAAUUUUUUCAUCAGCAUGGAAUGACAUUUGUAUACGAUGGAAAUCACGAUAUUUGGGAAGAUAUAUACUUUAGUAGCAAAUUUUCUGCGGAGAGAGUCAAUGAGAGAGAGGAGGGAAAGAUGGCCUACUACAAUACUGCUGAAGAUGUUUUCCGAAGCAUUCAUAGUAGGAUCCCCACUUCGGUAGAAGAUAGUAAAUUAGGAAGAGUAAAAAGAUGGAACAAAGGAUACACAAACUCUGCGAAUGGCUUUAUUGAUGCGAGUGCAAGUAUGAAAGCGUAUUAUGAACGCGCAAAGAAGUUUCCAAACGUUAACUUCAGAUUCGAAGAGGUCGAAAAAAUGGACUACCUCAAGAAUACGGAAGGAAGUCAAAGGUGUCGUUUUGAAAAAUGGAUAUAA